AUGGCGCGUACCACGUCCGCCCUGGCGGACCCCUCCAUGCUGUCCAAGAUUGACAGACUGUUCGCGUGCAAUGUCGGUCACCACAUCGCCCUCCCACAGAUAGUUGUCGUUGGCGACCAGUCCUCCGGCAAGUCUUCCGUCCUUGAGGGCCUCACAAGGCUUCCAUUCCCCCGCGAUAGCGGCCUCUGCACGCGUUUCGCUACGCAGAUUUCCUUCCGUCGCUCGCCGACGCCGUCUGUCUCGGUGUCAGUUCUUCCAGGCAAGGAUGCGAGCGAGGACCACAUCAAUGCUGUACGCGCCUGGAAGAAGACCAAUCUCCCGGUUAUCGACCAGCCGGCAUUCGCUGCCAUCAUGCGCGAGGUUCAAGAUGUCAUGGGAAUCGAUAGGACAAAGACGUUCUCCUCGGAUGUCUUGAGCAUCGAGGUCGCCGGCCCGGACCAGGAGCACCUCACUGUCAUUGAUGUGCCCGGCAUCUUCCAGCGCGUCACCAAGGAUGUCACCACCAAGGAAGACAAAGAGUUCGUCAAGGACAUGGUGCUUGCCUAUAUGAAGAAUCCCCGCUCCGUCAUGCUCACUGUCGUCCCUGCAAACGUCGACGUUGCCACCCAGCUCAUCCUCGAGAUGGCCGAAGAGGUCGAUCCAGAUGGCCAGAGGACUUUGGGCGUCUUGACCAAGCCUGACCUAGUCGACAAGGGUGCUGAAAGGACGGUGGCCGACAUGGUCGAGGGCCGCUCUCACCAGCUGAAGCUCGGAUGGUGCAUUGUCAAGAACCCAGGACAGCAAGAUAUCCUGAACCCUGCUUUCGAUCGCUACACCGAGGAAACAACCUUCUUCAAGACUGUUGCACCUUGGAGUAGCCUCCCUAUGGAUCGUCUCGGCGUUGGGGCGCUGAGAGAGCGUCUGCAGGCCAUUCUCGCUGCUCAUAUCCGCCGCGAGUUCCCCAAGGUCAAGCUUGAGCUCAACGGAAAGCUGAAGGCGGUCAAGAAGGCACUUGAACAGAUAGGCCCGGCGCGUGAGACACCCGCAGACCAGUCCAGCUAUCUCAUAGACAUCGCGACGCGCUUCCAGGACCUCGCAACUCAGGCUCUCGAGGCGAAGUAUGUUGAUGACUACUUCGCUUGCGAGAAACUUAGGAUUGCUACGAUAGUUGUGGCACGCAACGAAACCCUCUCGGGAGAUUUUGACCGCUUCGGUCAUACUUUCCAGUUUGACGCUGGUGGCGAGGAAGAUGACAAUGAUGAUUCUCAGGAAAACCCCCACUCUUCGGAUACCGACAAAGUAGAUGGCGAAGAAGUCAAGGUCGACGGCGGUUGCUCCAGGAGGGUUGAAUCCGACGGACACGACAACGGCCUAUCUGAUCUACUUCACGAGAACACUGAGCUAGCCAUUCCGAAGCAGUCUGACAUUUUGAGAUGGCUCAUGGACACGUUCAUGAAGAGUCGUGGUUUCGAGCUGGGCAACUUUGAUCCGUCGCUUCUUGCUACGACGAUGAAGGCUCAGACACAGAAGUGGGACUGCCUGGCCAUGGGAUACAUUUCCGACGUUGCUUGCCUGACUGAUGCUUUCAUCAACAACCUACUCCGCCAUGUCUGUCCGGAUGACGACACAUACCACCGUCUGAGUGUGAGGCUGGCAGACCGUCUGCUUGGUCGUUACAACAAGGCAUUUCAACAGGUACAGUUCAUCCUGGACGUGGAACGCAAGGGUACGCCAGUCACCCUGAACCACUACUUCAACGACAACCUGGAGAAAUGUCGGCAGAAGCGCAUGCGCGAGAUGGCCGCGGCCAAGUCCACGAAAGAUGACUAUGGCAACGCUGUCGUGCGCGUGGACGAUCUUGUCCAGACCCAUUCCAUGAGCAACAAGGAGCAUACUGUCCAAGACCUCCACGACAUUCUCAAGUCGUACUACAAAGUCGCUCGCAAGCGUGUCGUUGACAACCUUGUCAUGCAGGGAGCCAUGUACCGUCUCAUCAGCGGCCCCAAAACUCCGCUGAAGCUGUUCUCGCCCGCGUUUGUCAGUCAGAUGUCACCCGAACAGCUCGAGGAGGUUGCUGGCGAGGAGCCCUCGGUCAAGAGUAGGCGUGCGCAGCUCCUCAAGGAGCAGGAGGACUUGGAGAAGGGUCGCAGGAUUCUCGUCUGA